AUGUCUGGCCAUGAAUCUAAAGAGAAGCCUUCUGUAAAGGAAGCAGGCCCCGUCAAUUUCUUACCACAAGGUAAGUUCCUGAAGCCCGAAGAAAUCGAAUACGAAUUUGGCGGCCCCAUUGGGGCUACUGCGAUGAUGCUGGGGUUUCCAACGCUAAUGUAUUACAUGUGGAUCAGUGCGGAAUUCUAUGGUGGCCGUCCAGCCUGGCCCACCGCGGGUGAACGCUGGGUGGACUUUUUGGCGAACCUCGGAAAGCUGUGUGUAGAAAAAGCUAGUCCUUCAAAGGAGUCGUGGACCAUCUUCAUGACUUUCUGGGGCGCCCAAAUUGCCUUCUAUUAUACUUUGCCUGGUGUUUGGACCAAGGGCCAGCCCUUGACACAUUUGAAGAACAAACAGUUGCCUUACUUCUGCAACGCCAUGUGGACUUUCUACACCUCGGUUUCGUUGGUGCUGAUCUUGCAUUUCACUGGGCUAUUCAAGCUCUACACCAUUUUGGAGAAGUUCGGUGAGAUCAUGACGUGUGCGAUCUAUUCCGGGUUUGCCUUUUCCAUCGUGCUCUACGUGUACACCUUGCUUGUCUCCGGUGACUACCACCGUAUGACAGGUAACCACGUUUACGACAUGUUCAUGGGCGCACCACUGAAUCCAAGGUGGGGUAUUUUGGACUUGAAGAUGUUUUUCGAGGUCAGACUGCCAUGGUUCACACUUUUCUUUCUGACCCUUGGCGGGGCUCUGAAACAGAUCGAGACUUAUGGCUACGUGACCCCUCAAAUGGGCGUUGUCCUGCUUGCCCAUUGGCUCUACGCGAACGCCUGUGCCAAGGGCGAGGAACUUAUCGUCCCCACUUGGGACAUGGCAUAUGAAAAGUUUGGAUUCAUGUUGAUUUUCUGGAACAUAGCUGGAGUGCCAUACACCUACUGCCACUGUACAUUGUACUUAUACCACCACCACCCUAGCGAAUAUAGCUGGUCAUGGACCUACAACCUGGCGCUUUAUGUGACAUUAUUGGUCGCCUACUUUUUCUUCGACACCACCAAUGCACAAAAGAACUCGUUCCGGAAACACAUCGCUGGCGACAAGUCCGUCCGCAAGACUUUUCCAUUCUUGCCCACACAAGUGCUAAAGGACCCUAAAUACAUGAUCACUAAAAAUGGCUCUUACCUUUUGAUAGACGGCUGGUACAAGUGGGCUAGAAAAAUUCAUUAUACCGCAGAUUGGACCCAGUCUUUGGUGUGGGCUCUCUCUUGUGGUUUCAACUCUUGUUUUCCAUGGUUUUUUCCUGUUUUCUUCUUUGCCGUGCUGGUCCACCGCGCCUUGCGUGACCAAGCCAAGUGUAAAAAGAAGUACGGUGAAGACUGGGAUAAAUACUGCGAAGAGUGCCCUUAUCUUUUCAUUCCCUACAUCCUGUGA